CCUUGAGCGCGGGCGCCGUGAUGGGGAAGGAGGUGGCGGCGGAGGUGGGCGUGCGGCUCGUGCUGUUCGCGGCCUGCCUGGUAACAGAGCUGCUCCCGCCCUUCCAGAGGCUCAUCCAGCCCGAGGAGAUGUGGCUCUACCGGAAUCCGUACGUGGAAGCAGAGUAUUUCGCCACCAAGCCGAUGUUUGUCGUCGCCUUGCUGGCCCCGCUGGCCCCGGUCCUCCUGGCCAGGUGUCUGAAGAAGGCGGACGCAGUGGACAGCCGGCAGGCCUGCCUGGCUGCCAGCCUGGCCCUGGCUCUGAACGGCGUCUUCACCAACACAGUCAAACUGAUAGCGGGGAGGCCACGCCCAGACUUCUUCUACCGUUGCUUCCCCGACGGGCAAGCCCAUCAUGACCUGCCGUGCACGGGGAACGAGGCCGUGGUGAAUGAGGGCCGCAAGAGCUUCCCCAGCGGACAUUCUUCCUUUGCAUUUGCUGGUCUGGCCUUCGCAUCCUUCUACCUGGCAGGGAAGUUACACUGCUUCACACCACGAGGCCGAGGGAAAUCUUGGAGGUUCUGUGCCUUUCUGUCACCCCUACUCUUUGCAGCUGUGAUUGCACUGUCCCGCACCUGUGACUACAAGCAUCACUGGCAAGAUGUCCUGGCUGGAUCCGCCAUCGGCCUGACGUUCGCCUACGUCUGCUACAGGCAGUACUACCCUCCCCUGACGGACGCCCGGUGCCACAGACCACUGCAGCGCAGCCCUGCUCUUCCCACCGCGCAGAAGCGGCCUGGCGACCCUCAUCAUUUUGAUGUUUAGACACGAGCUGCCUCCCUGGAAAACAGGUGAAUCAGCCCCCCCUAACUCACCACGCCCAGGACAAGAAUUUCUGACCUUUCACCUCCCGAGAGGUACAGGUGAGGAGAGAAGCCCCAGUGAUCAUGCAGUUUUGCCCUGGCUCACAGGGAUUUAUCACGAGGAGUCAAGAUCCUUUUUCACUACUGUUCGCCACGCGUUCCAGUAACGAGAUCUUUUCGUGGUCUUUCCAGCUUAUGAAUGUGGCCCAUCAGAUUGGUAUCCCAACCUCUACAGUGUUUUUACACUUAACUUCAGUACUGUUCUUGGAAUGAUUCUGUCACAAAGAAGCUUUCACCUUAGCCCCACUUUAUCCUAGAAGCUAGCGCUGAUGAUGAGAACUUAAUUUCCAUUUCCCAUAGCUCAAAAUCUUAAAAUCUAGGGCAUGAGCAAUUAAAUUAUUUUAGUUCUGUUUACUUUCUCUGGUGGCAAUUCCAUCACGCCUUAAAUAGGAGAAUCUCCAAUUCUGGCUUAUUUACCACUGUGCAUAUCUUACUCAAGUCCAGCUAAGUACUGCUGUCCAUUUUGAAUACUGUAAACAUAAACGAUUUGAUAAUUUGUUGAAUUACUGAGUAAACACAAUAAAAAAGAAACUGGUCAGGAGCGUGGAUUCAGUACUCACUGUCUCCACCUUACUUACACGAGCUGCUUUCCCGCCACUCAGGACUGAAGAUCCGCCCAAAUGCACCAGCUGUGCCAAGCAGCCAAGGCAGGGCAGGGUAGUCAGAGGCACGGCUGUCUGGAGGGCAGGCGAGUCUCCUCCCGCCCCGCCCUCACCGUAGGGUAUAAUGGACCAUGACAGGACGUUGGCAGAACUGAUAGUGUAGGACCUAUAACGGCCUUUCUCUGUGUUGUGAUUAUAUUUUAUUUGUUUUCUUUUUGUGAUUAUAUUUUAAAUAUGACCUUGAUUUGUGUAUUUCUGUAACAUAUUUUCAAUAUAUCUUUUUCCUAACGGUGAA